AUGUCGUACUCUCUUUGGUAUACAUUGCUUUGCGCAUGUGCUAGCGUAAUGUUACAUGGCGAGCCAAAUUUUCCACAACAUAUCGUGAUUCAGACAGGCUGUUUCAAUAUUUAUCGUCCAUGUCCAGAGAGAUAUCGAUCGCGGCAGAAUAAUCUACCAUCGACCAUAUCAUCGUUAUCAGUGAUAACUCGUCGUUUGUUAAUCAAAACGAACUAUAUCGAUGAUUCAACAACAAUAACUGCUUCGUUAACCCAUCCAUCAACAACAGCAGCCAUCAUAUCAUCACCAUCUCUAUCGUCUGAAACAGUACCUUCAAAAAUGACCGCUACCACCUUUACUGCUGUCGCAGCUCUGGAGACUACUCGUAUCACAGAUACUACACCCUUCACUUCACUGGCCACAUUUGAAAUACCAAGCUCUUCAUCCCCUGCCUAUGGAAAAGAUAUAAAUCCAUGUAAAUACGGUGAGCCAGCAAAGGGUUUUAACCAAAGACCACUGAUGUGCAAUCCACCAAAUUCAAUAGCGUGCCCUAAAGGAUUCUUUUGUCACAUUGGAGUUUCUCGAGAGGAAACGGUUUGCUGUGAGCGAUCCGGGCUGGCAAAUCCCUGCAGUUUGCCGGUGGAAGAAGGCGAAGGAAGUGUACGGCUAGAACGUUAUUACUACGAGUAUAAUUCCAAAAACUGCCAGCAGUUCAUUUACCGUGGAGUGCGAGGUAAUGAAAAUAGUUUCCUCACGUACGAAGAAUGCAGGCACGAAUGCAUGCGGUGGGAUUUGAUUUGUGAAGUAUCACCGAGAGUCUCCGAGCAUCGCAGUUGUUCAGUGAAUCGUCGUGAAUGUGGUGACGAGCAGUGGUGUCACAUUGGCGCUAGCAGCUAUUCCUCGUUAUGUUGUGCCGGAACAUCAGAUAAUCUCUGUGAAUUGCCUGUGGCACAUGGUGAAGGCAAUGAAACAAUCACUCGCUGGUUUGCAGAUUCGAACGAUCACUCCUGCACUGGAAAAUGCAAGAUAUUCAUUUAUAAAGGCUUCAAGGGAAAUCAAAACAAUUUCCUUACCAAAGAAGACUGUGAAAAGCAGUGCAAACGACGAGAAUGUGAAGAUCCAUGCGGUACUGGAGUAAUGCUUAUGAGUCCAGAAUUUAUGCCAUUCUUUUGCACCGCAACGAAAAUAUGUCCACGUAAUUAUUGGUGUCACAUAGGUGCACAGCCGAAUACCACUGUUUGUUGUCCAGAAAAUGGUAUAAGCCGUUGUGAGCAACCUAUGGUCGAAGGUACUGGUAACAGCAGCUUAUUGAGGUGGUAUUUUGAUCAGAUCUCACACAAAUGUUUUACAUUUUACUACCAUGGAAAAGAAGGAAAUCAGAAUUCGUUCUUGACAGAAAAUGACUGCAAGAAUGCAUGUCCUGUUUAUGAGAAUCCGUGUGGCAGUGGAGAGCCGCUUCUGAUGAAUGGUAAACCGAAGAGAUGCAAUCCGGAAGAGCGUUGCCCCCAGAUGCACUACUGCCACAUUGGAGCAAAUGAGACAGAGAACUUCUGCUGCCGCAAGAACGGGAACCCGUGUGAUCAACCAAUGAACCAGGGAGAAGGACAGUCUUUGCUUUUAAGAUAUUAUUAUGAUAAGGAUAGCUAUCGAUGCCGCGAGUUUGCUUAUCUUGGCUCAAAGGGGAAUGCGAAUAAUUUUUUGAAUGAAGAAGAUUGUGAAGCAACGUGUCCUGUGAUACCAAAUCCAUGUGCAUAUGGUAGACCACUUACAAAUGGUCAAAAUGAACCGAUAAUUUGUGGUGGUAGUGAAAGCUGUCCAGAAGAUUACUACUGCCAUAUUGGGAGUUCUCCGGAAACGACAAACUGUUGUCCAGGAUCUAAUGACACCUGUAAGUUGCCAUUAGAAAUUGGCAAAGGCACUGAACAACUGCAGAGAUGGUACUUUGAUCGGAAACAACAAAUGUGUCAUAAAUUUGUUUAUCGCGGCCUUUACGGCAAUGCCAACAAUUUCAUCACACGAGGAAUUUGUCAAGAGAUUUGCCAGGAAAUGAAUCCAUGUGGAGAUGGAACACCGUUGGUCGAUAAGGAGGGAAGGCGAAUUUCUUGCAAAGCAAGUGGAUCAGAUGAUUGUCCGAACGGUUAUUUCUGUCAUGGAGGGUCAUCAUCUUUAACGACACAAUGUUGUUCUCGACAAAUUAAGAAUCCAUGUGAACAGGUAAUGUCCAUUGGAUAUGGCAGUGAAGAGAUUCUACGGUGGUUCUACGAUGCGAAUUAUAAAAAGUGCUUGGAAUUUACUUACGGUGGUUUGGGCGGUAAUGAAAAUAAUUUCCUUUCAAAGAAAAGCUGUGAGGAAUCUUGCAGAGGACAAAAGGAUUAUUGUCCUCAUGGCGAUCCACUUAUGGAAGCAUCCGGGAAGGCUUUAGUCAGGUGUGGAGUAGAUGAUGCGUGCCCGCGUGGAUUCAUAUGCAACGUGAUCGAUGAAAAAAAUGCCACAGCGUGUUGUCAGGAUCCUGCAAAUUUCUGUCUACAGCCAAUGGACCCAGGACGACAAUGUAAGGAAUUUGAAACUCGAUAUGGAUAUGAUCCAGAAUUAGAUGAUUGCGUCUAUUAUCAGUAUGGAGGUUGUGGUGGUACACUGAAUAAUUUUGAAACACUGGAAAAGUGUACCGAAAUUUGUUGCAAGAACGAUUAA